AUGAAUACGAGCGGGAAGCUCCUUGGCGAGCCUAUGGACAGUGCAAGUGCUGCUCAUCACGUCUUCACCAUGAUCGUGCGCCCGUUGAAUAAAUACCUGAGGCUGACGAGGCAACAGCCGAAAUUCCCAACCGAAAAGGUGAUGGGCCACAUCGAAAAAUGUAUCUCGAUGCGAUUGAACUAUCGCACCUUCCUGUCCUAUUUCUGGGAGCUCGAGUCCCGCCAGCGG